CGGUGUUUGGCCAUGGGGACGUGUUAAUAAGGAUGGCAGGAGUUCCUCCCGGGCCAGCUCCUUCUGGUGGGCUUUUGUUUGUUGUCGGCGCUGUUGCAGGCGCGUGGAGAAUCCAGGGUUCCCCUAAAGUCCUGCAGGGUCACGCCAGCAGCCCGGGGGAAUUUCACCGAGGGGAGGAGAUUUCGUGGCGAUUAAUGGCAGAGAGCGGGCUAAAUCCAGACAGGGAUGCCUAUAAAUGGCGUUUCUCCUUCCAAGGUGCACACUAAAAAAAAAAAAGAAAGAAAAAAAGAAAAAGAAAAAGAAAAAGAAUCCGUCAGUGUCAUUCCCCCACGUCAGGGCUGGUGGUGGGCGUGGGGCUGUACUUCCUCCGCCCCCUGCUAAUGGAGUGAACCAUUCCCAGCUCUCCCUUCUCCCUCUUUCUCCCCUUCUUCUCCAUCUCCCCCUCGUCUGCAAGGUCUCCGCUGCUGGGAACUUGUUGGCAAUGCCUGUUUUUCAGCUUCCCCCCACGUUUUCCAAAGUAACUAUUUAAAGAUCUGCAGUCGCAAAUGGUUUUACUAAAUGUAGGAUGGGACUUAAGUUGAACGGCAGAUAUAUUUCUCUGAUCCUUGCUGUACAGAUAGCGUACCUGGUGCAGGCGGUGAGAGCCGCGGGGAAGUGCGAUGCGGUCUUUAGGGGCUUCUCGGACUGUUUGCUCAGACUGGGCGAUAACAUGGCCAACUACCCGCAGGACCUGGACGACAAGAGAAAUCUCCAAACGAUCUGCUCGUACUGGGAUGAUUUCCACUCCUGCACCCUCACAGCCCUCACGGAUUGCCAGGAAGGCGCGACAGAUCUUUGGGAAAAACUGAAAAGGGAAUCCAAAAACCUCGAUUUUCAAGGCAGCUUAUUUGAACUAUGCGGAGGAAGCAACGGGUCAGCUCCUUCCCUACUCCUCCUCCCUGCCUUCCCCCUGCUCCUGCUGGCUCUCUCUGCAGCGCUAGUGACCUGGCUCUCCUUCUAGGAGGUCUCUCCUGGUAGACCACACAUACCCACACACACACACACCCUCCAUAUACUGGAUUUAUAGAGGAAGUGUCCAUCCGUUUUUUGGGGACCGUUGUGAUGAUUUGUGAUGAUGAAACAUCCAUAUAGGAUUGUGGAAACGUUCUCUCUUUAUUUUGUGUUUUAUUUGCCAAAUGUUACCAAACAAUGAGCAACAAACAGCCAAAAUCGGACCUCAGCUUUAGUGUCUCUUCAAAUAAAAAUAGAAAACUCGAGCCCUUUGUGCAAAAGAAUCUCAGGAACGGCUUUGGGCCACCUAAUAUUAAUAAUCUUAAUAAAUAAUGAUAAUAAUAACAACCACAACAACAACAACAAAAGACGGGCUCCUCUUAUAAUAUGAAAGAAAACGAUGAGUUGAGAAAAAAGGCACUGGAAAUGAAUCCAAGAUUGAUAUCCACGUGUGAAGCAUAUGGUGAAUAACUCACAAUCUAUCAUCUUUCCUCCACAGUCGCUUGUUUUUUGGUCAUUCCACUGCAAAAAUAAAUUUCCUCGAGGGGAAAAACGAAAGAAAUGGACAGCUAAAGAAAAAGAAGGAAGGAAGGAAAGAGAUUGUCUCUAAUGACUGAAGGAUUGAAUGCUGCUAAGAUUGCUGAGAGUUUAGCUUUACUUGGUGUUGUCAAAGCAUCUUUCCGAGUUCACUGCCUUUAAUUUCCCUCCUCCUCUCUUGUUUUAGAUGUUACACAUACAGUAAAAUACCUGAAUAUCCAACAGUAUAGAUUACAAAAAGGGGGCUUAAAUGUAAACCUAAAAAUACAGCAUAUUGAUUUUGACAAAAAAAAGAACCUUGAUUUUAAAAGAAAAGAUGUAAUUUAAAAAGAGUUUAUUAUAAAGCUAAUUCAGCAAAAAAAAAUUUGCUACAAGUAUAGAAAGAAGUAUAAAAUAAAAAGUAUUGUUUGAAAUGAGGGUGUCGUUUUAUUUGUAAAAUAUGCAUGGUAUAUAUCUAUUUAACUGGACAGGCUUUUAAUAUAAUGGCGGCUAAAUGCAGAGCUGCUAAAUUAAUUAACAUCGUCAUCUUGGUGCAAAGAAAUAUAGAAUUUCUAAACUAAUUAACAGAGCCCUUGAAAAAUAAUGCUAUGAAACUCUCCCUAAAAACAGUACACAAUACUCCUUUUCUAAAACGUGGGACUCCUCUUCUGUGACUGCUUACAGAGGGAACCAGCCCUCGACAGCCAAAGUGAGUGCCAGAUGUCAGUGGGAACUCCGGGUACCCGAGCAAUGCAGGACGGGCUCACAGGUCUAGCACGGCUGCAUUUGAAGCAAUUUGUCAAAAAUCCGCCCCGGUUAUUCUUCCCUUUAUCCACACACGCCGGUUUUGCUGGCACAGCAAUUGCUGGCGGCCUUAUAGGCAGACUAUUUACAGCUAUAUUCUUUCCAAACCUAUUUAGAGAUUUAAAAAAAAAUAAAAAUAAACCUAUUUUGCUGAAAAGGAGCCUGUUUAUAGCUGUGGAGGGGAGAGAAAGCAACCACCAUUAAGAUGCUGCAAAGGAGGGACAGAAAGCGGCUGCCUGAGAUCAGAUGAGUCCUUUCAUAAUUAAUAAGACAGCUCGGCUGAAAUAGCCAGGAGACUGGGCCCUAUUGAUUUAGCAGCAGAAGCUGCUGUAACCUUGUCUAUUUAUAGGAUUUUGAUGCCUUUAUGGAGAAGUAAACAUCAAGGCGUAAACACAUCCUUUCUACCUAUAAGAUGAGAGUCCUGCUGAGAGGGAGGAAGCUGGGAGGAAGGGAAGGAGGGGUCAGAGUUUAAUUUUGAUCCUGCAAUUCUAGUCAUACACAUUAUUUAUUCCGGUGCGGGAGGGGGAUGUAAUAAUCCCCCUUCUCCAACAUAUCAUUAUUCUCCCCCCCCCCCCCAAAGGUCUGUAAAGUCUGAAAUGUAAUGUGUAAGCAAUAGCAAACGUACCCGUUCAUAAAUCAAACAGUGGGUUGCAAUCCAAUCUGCAUUUCCCAAACGUAUUGAAUCCCAGCAACAAAUGGGCCCCGGAACUGAAGCCAGCAGCCUUUAGCACUGCAAGCGAUGUUGAUUUUUAAUGAUAAAAUACAUUGGGGGGAGGGGGGAAUCACCAAUCUAUGCAAAGCUCAGCCUCAUUUCGUGGGCAUUUUUCCACCUUCCCUUCCCUUCUUUCCCACAUUGGCACUGCCAGGGAACCGUGGGCUUUCUGCGAAUGGCUUUUCCCAGAUGAUCAAAAUUUAGAUCGCUAUUAAAAAUAAUCAUGACAUCACACGUUGCUAUUUAUUUUAGCACCAACCGACAGCGGCAAGAGAGGGGGAAAGGGAAUGGGAGAGUUCAGGCAGACCCUGCACUGCUUUAGCACCCGCUAGAGUUCCCACUGAAGCGAACAGCAAAACUCCCAUUGAUUGCAGUGGGAGGAGAAUCGGGUCCUUCUUCGGGCCAAAGUCCCACUGAAAAUUUGCCCGUGUAAGAAGGAUGGUUUUUGUUUGUUUGUUUUACCGCUAGUAGUUAAAUCCAUUUCCGUAAGGAGCUAAAUCCUGCUGACUUUACACGUGGUCAAAUCCUGUUACCUGUAGCAAUCCCACUGAUUUUUUUCUCUCCCAAGCAGGAUGUGGUCACGUGAGUCUAGUUUAAAGUCCCCAAUCCGGUAGUCCUUACUCAAUAAAACUUCCACUGAAAUAAAUAGAUCGGAUUCCAUUUUGAGAGAGAGAGAGGUUUUGCCUGUAUAAGGACUGCAGGACCAAACGCCAAAGAUGUGCCAUUCUAUUACAGAAAUACCAAUUGACUCUGGAUUAAAAUGGCUUCUUAGUUCUUUCUAUUUCCAGAUUUUGUUUUAAACAAUAGUGGCUUUGGCUUAACUGUAUAAAGCAAUCUCAAACUCUUUGGUAAGGGGAUCGGUUUCCAUCUCAGUAGUGCGUUCAAGAGAUUUUCAAAUUAGAAUGAAUGAAUAAUAAAUAAUCUCUCUAUAUUUAGCAAAUACACAAAGUCGUUCUACAUGGCGACGAGACGGCAGACAGAGGGCUGAUGAAAUCAUAAGCAUGUUUUUUUUAAGUUAGUGGCUGAGCCAGUGAGAGACAAGGAUGCUAGGUUAUUUCAUCUGAAUUUUUUUUCUCCUGGGGUAUUGCAAAUUGUUUCGAUUUUAAUAUCAAUCUUCUUAGAGUUUUAGAAGGGAAAGGAUUUGUUCAAUAGAAGCAAAAUCUCACGGGAAAUCUCCCAUCCUGGUGUUAUUCCAAAUGCACCAGCAUACAGAUGUGCCUUUCUAAUUGACAAACGCCUGCUUUCGGAAAUCACUGUCUAAUGACAGGGUAAUUCCAGGCAAUAAGAUGAACAAGGAUGCAUAUGUUAUACAUAAGUCUACAUUGCAUCGCCUAUAUUUAUUUUAUAUACACAGCAACCGGGCUAUAAAUAAUGACUUACCCAGCUUUCUUUUCCAUAAAUGUAUAAGCCACCCACACAACCUUCUGACGGAAAGAAGAAACAACAACCCAAAUCAGAGAGAGGAGACUGCAAAAUAAGCUAAUAAAGACCCACCAAAGGCAUCCACCAAAGUGGCAUGGAUAAGGAAUGGAUUUGAACGACCACCUAACUAUUCUUUCAAAAUGGGAUCUUCCCGCUGCUGAAACCAUUGGGAGUUUUGACACUGACUUCAGUGGGAGCAAGAUCAGCCUGUAACUUCUCAGCCUAGACGGUUUCAUUUGUUUUCCACUUACAAUUAAAGAAAAGGCCGGGCGCAAAAUGACUAACUCCCCCUCUGAUUUUCCAGGGAGCUGGGAAUUACUGUACUAGACAUAGCUGAUAUCAGUUAAGGUGUGCAAAUGAGGAGACAAGGAGUUUGUAAAUGAACUAGCACCAGGCUUUUUUAUAGAGAGAAUAGUUAAGCUUCCAUCUCUGUAACUGUCUUGAAGAUUAGAGGAGUAGCAGCAGAACUGGAUUUCAAUCUCUCAAUAUUCUUACUGUAGCUAUUUAUUAUUUGUAUUGUGGUAGCACCUGCAUUUGCACCAGUCUUUUGCUCCACAAAUAUUUGUUUGUUUCUUACAAAACAAACUAAAAAUUAGGAGGUGGGAACUGAAUUUAUUGGACACUUUAAAAUAUACAUAUUUUACAUAAUGUGUUAACAAAUCAUCUCUGGCCUCAUUUAAUUACUGAUUGCUGAUCAAAACCCUGCUCUAUGGAUCUUCAAACAACACAACAUAGUCUCAAAUUAUGGUGGCAGGGCUAAAGCCUUCUCAGUGUUUAAGGUUAUGAAAAUUUUAAGGGUCUUGAAUCCCCUGGAUGUUAUUCUUCUAUUUUCUGUUUGCUUUUUAAUCCAAAAAUGACUGUACUGCCAUGUGUUUCCAGAGUUUUUCUCCUCAGCUGUGUCCAAAUAGAGCAGAAAAAUAAAUGACCCAAACCUGGUGAAAAGGACUAAGCGAACCAGGUUUGUUUAACCUUGUCUCUCUGUGCCCACCAGCUCCGGAAGGCUUUGUGGUUAGGAUAAUAGAAGUGAUAAAAAGAGAAGAGAGGAGAGGCCAAGAAGAAACCAGCCAUGCUCUCUGCUGCACUGGUCCCACUCCCCAAUAAGCAGAUUUCUUUCAAAGCUGCAGGUGUCCAAUUCUCCAGAAACCUCACACCAUAUUCCAGCCCCCAGGCAAACAGGAGCUGGAAAAUUUCAAGUCCAAACAAAGGAGUUCAAAUGCUCAUUCAAACCAAAAGGGACAGAAAUAACCCAGCAAGUGCCCUUCUUUGCUAAACUGCAAGGUAAAUGGAGUUAGCAGAAGCUGGGGCCGCUAUUUUCAUUUUCAGAGCAGAUCUGCAGGCCCUAAUCCUUGUCCUAGUUCAGUCUGUGAGCAACAUCAGACCUACAGGCUGCUGUCCCCUGAGACUCACUGAAGCUUGUCUCCUUCCUUAUGAAUUCUGGAUAAACUCGUGUUUAGUAACAGGCUGCUCCACUGAAUAAUCCUCGCCAACUUCCGCCUUUUAACCAGCCACCUGAGCACUGGAGGAGGAGGCUGUACACUGCUUCCUAUUCAGAUUUGCCUCGGAUCACCUUUGAAAGAUGGAAGAUUGAGCCAGAGUUUAAAAAUGCAUCUGUUACCUCUCCAUCUGCCUUGUUGCAUGAUGCAAAGACAGAGAGAAAGAUGGACGUGCAACAUUGCAAAGCCAGCCUGCUAGCACGUGGGGAAUGAAUUGGGAAAUGUGGUAUAUGUCCAUUACUCAGAAUAAGAACAUAAGAACAGCCAUGCUGGGUCAGACCAAAGGUCCAUCGAGACCAGAAUCCUGUCUUCCGACAGUGGCCAAUGCCAGGUGCCCCAGAGGAAAUGAACAGAACAGGUAAUCAUCAACAACAUUUGAAUGCAAGGCUGUCUGAGUGCAGGGUACAUUGACCUGUUUGUUCACAGUAUUAUUAAUAAUUAAGGUUGGGAUUCUGCCCCUCUUACUUACCUUAAUUCCCACAUAGCCCUGUUUAAACCAAUGAGCUGUUCUCAUGCUCUGAGAGCAGCCCUAGUGAAAGCAGUGGAGCUACAAGCAGAAGAAGCAGCCUGAGUAGGAGUGGCAAAAUCAGGCCUGUAUUUAUUGAUUAAUUCAUAAUAUUAUUUGUAUGCCAGUGGGGCCUAGAGAUCCCCGCUGAAGGGAACUGAACAUUUUAAGUAAAAGGGCCUGAUUCACUACUGUGUUACUCCAGUCUUAUGCUAAUAUAAAGUCACUAGUUUUAACGUUCUACAAAGGUGUAAAGCUGGAGUAACAUAGUGAUGAGUCCAGCCAAGCUUUUCAAAUAUGCAACCUCUUUUUGCCUCUGGCUCUUCCUGUUCUCUCCUGUUAUCUGCAGCUGUCCUGCUGUAGCUGCUCUUCCUAUUUGCAGGCCAUGCUUAUUUUGUGCCAGGGCUUGCCAGGGCUGAGCCCCGUCACCUCUAGGCUUGGCAGUUCAUAGCUCCAGCAUCUCUGCACUUGCCAUGCCAGUUAUGAAAGUCAAAAACUUGCUUGAGCCCCAGCACCUAAUUACUUGAGAGCCCCAGCACCUCUUUCAUUACAAAUUAAGCGCAGCUUGCAGGAGGCUGGGGAGAGGCCUGUGUAGGUAAUAGCCUGAGGAGGCAUCAAGCUGUCGUCUUCUUCCCAGUGAGGUGCAGGGUGAAAACACAUUUUGACGGGGAUGAGGAGUAAUUGAUCUUGGGUAACCCAGCCUAUUUACACUACGUGAAUCCAGAGGAAUUUGAGGUGAGGAAGUGGGCUAGGUUUGGCCAUCAGGGUCUGGUAACUGGGUGUGCCAUAAUCACCUCAGCUGGAGCCAGUGGCCACCUGAGUGACAGUCACACCAGGCCCUUGGAGUGGUUUUCCAGCAAGCAGUGCUGUAUUAUCUUGGGUCAGGUGUCCUUCUCCUGAUCAGCUGGUGCCUUUGGCUUAACAGGAAGUAAGCCCCUGAUGACAGAGUGUGAUUGACAUGUGUCUGCGCUGGAAAAAAAAAAGGAGGCAACCAAGGGAAACAAACCAGCAGUCAUUAUGGGUGUAAUUCCCUCCUGUGCAGAGGGCCUACACAGGACCAAUGAUCCCACUGAAAUCCCACUUAAGCCCUGGGACUUCAGUGGUGUAUGUGCCUUGUGCUGCACCUCUGUACAGGGAUGAAUUCCACCCUGUGGGGAUACAGCCCUACACCUGAAAAUAGAGCACUUCAGUGACCUGUCUUGUAAACCAUGUGUAAGACAUCAGAUUUUGUAACUGUGAUAUUACAACAUGAUUGAAUAAUAACCUGUAACAUCAUGAUUUGCACAGUGUUAUCUGACCCAAUAAAAUUACAAGACGGCA